GGCAUAGGGUCCGGUGGUACGGCUACUUAUCGGAUUUGUAGCGAGCUGUUUUCUCUAUUCCCAGUAAAUAUCGUACUAGUAGCCUACAGGAUCGAUCUGGAUAGGGACCGGGCUCGAUCGGUUAGGGAGAAAAUAUAAUCUGGCCAGCAUUGCAUUGCAUUGCGACGAACGCAAAUUCGCUCGAGAUCUCAGCAAUCAUCAUCCAUCCAUGGAGGUUGAGGAGCGGAGGACGAUGCCCAAGGUGGAAGACGACAGUACGCUGCCUUUCCUGCUCGACCUGCUCGAGGACCAAAUCAUGAAACUACAACGUGUUGGCGCCAGGGGAUUGCCUCGCCGGAUUCAUUGGCGCACCGUCCUCUCCGAAGAGGAACGCGACGCCUCCAUCAUCGGCCAUGUCCACCACGCUCUCCGCCACUACAAUGCCAACGACCCGGGCUCCGACUUCGAACCUGUAAAGCCGUUGAUGGCUUCGUAUGUGGGGAUCAGAGGCGAGAUGUGGGUCCAUAUCAACUUCCUGGCUCGGAGGAUUGGUGGUAACAAGAAACGGGGACCCAAUUGUAACCCUCCUGUCAGGCACUUCUUCGCUGAGCUGCGCUAUGAGCUCCUCUCCACCUACACACCAACCGUCGAAACCUGCACCAUCAUCGAAGUUCCUAACAGGCAAUUGAAAACCAAGUGUGCUUUUUGUCUCGAAAAGUUUGAGAUUCAUCACCCCCUCGACGGGAAAUUUGUGUGCGGAAAGAAGCGCCAGUUUGAACAAGGUCUAGGAGUCGAAUAUUUCACCAACCUACUUGACAAGCCCUUCACAUGCCGCCGGAGCAAGGCUUGAAAUUCCGAGCAACCUGGGGGCUGGAAGCGUCCCCUUGGACAUAGUGCGUUCUGAGGAUGCGGAUUGUGGAGCACUCCCUCCGUUCCUAAAUACUUGUCGUGGUUUUAGCGUAAAUUUGCACUAAAAUCACAAUAAGCAUUUAGGAACGGAGGGAGUACAUCAUAAAAUUGUGAUCCAUCUUUUGUGCUAAGAAAGUGCUGGUGCUUGUGCUAGUUCAUGUAUUUCGUAUGUUUCAUAAUGCAAUUCUAGCCUUCCUCAGAAUCUCAGAUUAUAGCACAUUUCUACACCUCUCAAUACAUUUUCCAGAAUUAUUUUCAUUUUUGGCA